AGUAAAUCGGCGAGAGCUCUCUGAAUUGGGGUGCUGGCGUUCCAAGUUUUGUUUUGCGAAGACACUCGUCUGAUGUGGGCGACCCUUCGCUUCAAACCAAAUCUAGGCGGACCUUGAGCAGGGAUUCAGCGUCGUGUAAGUGUCGUAAACCCCAGCUCGGCAUCGCAUGAUACUCCUUCAAUUGUUGUCUCUAUCCCAAUUACGAUAAUUUUACGAUGGCAUCCGCCUUGCGACAGCGAUUUCUGGGCGAUACAUCGCGAGACGCCUCGAGCGACAACGACCGCAACGAAAGCCCAUCGCCAGCCGUCGCUAAGGUCCAGGAGGGUCAAGGCGAUGAAUACAACAUCAUUCCGCGCGAUGCAUUGAAGACUCUACGGAAAAAGGCAAAGGGAAGACGUCCAUGGCGGCGCUAUGUCUCUACCUUCAGUUUGGGGGGUGUGUUCGCGCUGGUCGCUGCUGCCUUCUUCUCGACGCCGAAGGGUAGUCUGGAUAAGCUCGUUUCUUACGCUGGCUUGGAGGGCAUGAGUCUGGACAGCAUUAUGGACGUCCUGCCGGCGGGGUUGAUCCGAGACGUGAGCGCACUGCAGUCUGCAGAGAAAGAGGCUGUGAAUUACGAUUCCUUCGCUGUUGGCUUACAAGCCCAAUCCGAAGGCAUCAAAGCAAAAUAUCCGGUUAUCAUGAUUCCCGGAGUCAUCUCUACUGGUCUGGAGAGCUGGGGCACUGAGGAGUCAUCGCGGCAAUACUUCCGAAAGAGAUUAUGGGGUUCCUGGAGCAUGAUGCGCGCACUGGUGCUAGACAAGCCUAACUGGAAGAGGCACGUGAUGUUGGACAAAGACACAGGACUAGAUCCUCCUGGCAUCAAGCUUCGUGCGGCGCAAGGAUUCGAUGCAGCGGACUUCUUCAUUACAGGAUAUUGGAUCUGGAACAAGAUCCUGGAAAAUCUGGCGACUAUCGGUUACGACCCGACAAACGCUUUCACAGCUGCAUACGACUGGCGUUUGACGUAUCUCAACCUUGAGACGCGAGAUCAAUACUUUACGCGACUAAAAGCUCAUAUCGAGACUGCGAAGCAAGUUAGCGGCCUCAAAACAGUCCUCCUUUCUCAUUCGAUGGGAUCGCAAGUCCUCUAUUACUUCAUGCACUGGGUAGAGGCUGAAGGCUACGGUGACGGUGGACCUUCGUGGAUUGAAGAUCACGUUGACUCGUGGAUCAACAUCUCCGGCUGCAUGCUCGGCGCACUGAAAGAUCUGCCAGCAGUUCUCAGCGGUGAAAUGCGAGACACGGCACAACUCAAUGCUUUUGCUGUUUACGGACUGGAAAAGUUUCUUUCACGUCAGGAGCGCGCGCAAAUAUUUCGCGCCAUGCCUGGUAUCAGCAGUAUGCUUCCCAUCGGUGGCGACGCUGUCUGGGGCAACGCCGAGGGAGCUCCUGAUGACCAUGCAAACCAAAGCACAACCUUUGGGAAAUUCAUCAGCUUCAAGCCUCUGGAUAAUACCACGACUCGUCACAACCUUACAGUAACCAGCAGCAUACCCUUCCUUCAUGACAAUGUCGAGGAUUGGUACACCAAGUCGGUAAAGCGAAGUUACAGUCAGGGCAUUGCCCGCUCUCGCCGAAAGGUCGAAGCCAAUCAGCUCAUUCCCAGGAAGUGGAUGAACCCUCUGGAAACUCGUCUACCUAUUGCGCCCAACAUGAAAAUUUACUGCUUCUACGGAAUCGGAAAACCAACUGAACGCGCCUACUUCUAUCGCGAAGACAUCGACCCUGCCACCAACUUGACAACGCUCACGAUCGACACCACCGUCUCAUCUGCUGACGGCCUCAUUGACCGAGGUGUCGUCAUGGGCGAAGGCGACGGAACUGUAAAUCUGCUCUCCACGGGCUACAUGUGCAACCAAGGCUGGAAGAUCCCUCGCUACAACCCGGCUAACAUCUCCGUCAUCUCAUACGAGAUGCCGCACGAGCCGGAACGCUUCAAUCCGCGUGGCGGGCCCAAUACUGCCGACCACGUCGACAUUCUGGGUCGCAGCAGUCUCAAUGAUCUCAUCUUGCGCGUCGCCGGUGGCAAAGGCGAGCGUAUCGAAGAGACUAUCUUCUCACGGAUCAAGGAGUACUCGGCCAAAGUCCGCAUCCCGGUCGAAGACGACGCGGAUGAAGAAAACACUGAUCCCGCGGCGUCAAUAGAUGACGAUGAUGCGCACAGCCUUAUGGGCAACGUCAAGUCGUUCGUGGGCGAUCUUUCGGAAAAGCAGGCGGCGACAGUAGAGCAGGCACGGGAAUUCUUGAGAAGGAAGUCGGCGCAGGCGGGUGGUGCGUUGGAGCAUGCGAAGGACUAUGUAAAGGAGAAAGGAGAGAACAUGAUUCAUGAUGCACGAGAAGCGAUUCAUGAGGCUAGGGAGGCUCUAUAGAACUUCGACGAUUUCUGAUGAACACAUAAUACGAACACCGUUGCAAAUUGUCACGAGACGGUGCGUUCUGGGUAAACUGGAUGUUCUUGAAUCAUGAAAACCGUGUCACAAAACCCUCCACGAUUUGGGAUUCCAUACAUACAAAAUAUUUAUAUCUAAAGA